AUGGCGGACAGUCAGAGGGUUAAGAGCUUUGUGUGCAUUGCGUUGUUCUCUAUCUGUUUGCUUCAGUGUAAUCCCAUCGCCUUCGCCAUUCUCGACCCGGUUGAUUUCUUGGCUCUGCAAUCCAUUCGCAAAUCUCUCGAUGACAUGCCUGGCUCCAACUACUUCGCUUCCUGGGACUUCACUUCCGACCCCUGCAACUUCGCCGGCGUGUACUGCGAUUCCGAUAAGGUGAUAGCUCUCAACCUCGGCGACCCCAGAGCCGGAGCUCCGGGACUAACGGGUCGGAUCGACCCUGCCGUUGGCAAGCUCUCUGCACUCGCCGAGCUCUCGGUGGUUCCGGGUCGGAUCUUCGGCGCUCUGCCGCAAUCCAUUUCGCAGUUGAAGAGCCUCCGGUUCCUUGCCGUCAGCCGCAACUUCAUCUCCGGUCAGAUUCCUGCGAGUCUGGGUCAGCUACGCAACCUGAGAACACUCGACCUCAGCUACAACCUGUUCGCCGGAGCAAUUCCUACAGCUAUCGGAACCUUACCAGAGCUCUCCAACGUCAUUCUCUGCCACAACCGCCUCUCCGGUUCGGUCCCUCCGUUUGUCUCCCAAACCUUAACCCGGCUCGACUUGAAGCACAACGACCUCUCCGGUUCGCUCGCUCCCAACUCCCUCCCUCCUUCUCUCCAAUACCUGUCUCUCUCCUGGAACCGGCUAACCGGUCCGGUCGACGGCCUCCUGAACCGGCUAGGCCAGCUCAACUACCUCGACCUCAGUAUGAACCAGUUUACGGGUACGAUUCCGGGUCGGGUCUUCACUUACCCAAUCACCAAUCUCCAGCUGCAGAGAAACAUGUUUUCGGGUCGGGUCCAACCGGAUGGUCAGGUUUCAAUAUCGACCCUUGAUCUCAGCUACAAUCGGUUAUCGGGUGAAAUCUCACCGUUGUUCUCGACCGUACAGAGUCUGUACCUGAAUAACAACCGGUUCACGGGUCAGGUUCCGGGUAGUUUCGUGGAUCGGUUACUGGCUGCGAAUAUACAGAUACUGUAUCUGCAGCACAAUUUUCUUACUGGGAUUCAGAUUAAUCCGACGGCUGAGAUUCCAGUGAGCAGCUCGCUGUGUCUGCAGUAUAAUUGCAUGGUCCCGCCCCUACAGACGCCGUGCCCAUUGAAGGCUGGGAAGCAGAAGACUAGGCCGACUGCGCAGUGCAACGAGUGGAGGGGGUAA